GCAGCCAACCCCCUGGAUUGGGAGGGCAAACUCCCUAGGGCUGGCACAGUAGGGCCCCCUCUGGGUGUUCAGAAUGGGCUGAGUCAGACAGAGUCUCUCCCCUGAUUUCCCUCCUCUUCCCAAACUGGCAAACUUUAUUUUGCUGUUGCACCUUCAGCAGGUGCAAAGGACAUAGGAGGAGGGGUCCUUGCUGUCCAAGAUGGCAUGACUCUGGGGAGUGAGUGUGGAAGAGGCAGCUGGGUUGGAGAAGCUCACUGGACAGUGCCCUCUGACCCGCCUCCUCCCUCCUGCCAGUGUGCACCGGCACAGACAUGAAGCUGCAGCUCCCAGCCAGUCCUGAGACCCACCUGGACAUGCUGCGCCACCUCUACCAGGGCUGUCAGGUGGUGCAGGGUAACCUGGAGCUCACCUACCUGCCUGCCAAUGCCAGUCUCUUCUUUCUACAGGAUAUCCAGGAGGUGCAGGGCUACGUGCUCAUCGCUUACAACCAAGUGAGACAGGUCCCACUGCAAAGGCUGCGAAUCAUACGAGGCACCCAACUCUUUGAGGACAACUAUGCUCUGGCCGUGCUGAACAACGGAGACCUGCUGGACGGUGCCACCCCUGUUGCAGGGGCUGCCCCAGGAGGGCUGCGGGAGCUGCAGCUUCGAAGCCUCACAGAGAUCCUGAAGGGAGGGGUCUCGAUCCAGCAGAACCCGCAGCUCUGCCACCAGGACACGAUUUUGUGGAAGGACAUCUUCCACAAGAACAACCAGUUGGCCCUCAUGAAGAUAGACACCAACCGCUCCCGGGCCUGCCAACCCUGUUCUCCAGCUUGUGAAGCCUCCCGCUGCUGGGGAGAAAGUUCCAAGGAUUGUCAGAACUUGACUCAAACUGUGUGUGCCAGUGGCUGUGCCCGCUGCAAGGGCCCGAAGCCCACCGACUGCUGCCAUGAGCAGUGUGCUGCUGGUUGCACGGGCCCCAAGCACUCUGACUGCCUGGCCUGCCUCCACUUCAACCACAGUGGCAUCUGUGAGCUGCACUGCCCAGCCCUGGUCAUCUACAACACGGAUACCUUUGAGUCCAUGCCCAACCCAGAGGGUCGUUACACCUUUGGUGCCAGCUGUGUGACCACCUGUCCCUACAACUACCUGUCAACGGAUGUGGGAUCCUGCACCCUGGUCUGUCCCCUGAACAACCAAGAGGUGACAGCUGAGGAUGGAACACAGCGGUGUGAGAAAUGCAGCAAGCCCUGUGCCCGAGUGUGCUAUGGUCUGGGCAUGGAACACCUGCGGGAGGUGAGGGCGGUCACCAGUGCCAAUAUCCAGGAGUUUGCCGGCUGCAAGAAGAUCUUUGGGAGCCUGGCAUUUCUGCCAGAGAGCUUUGAGGGGGACCCAGCCUCUAACACUGCCCCCCUACAGCCUGAGCAGCUCAGAGUGUUUGAGACCUUGGAGGAGAUCACAGGUUACCUAUACAUCUCAGCGUGGCCAGACAGCCUGCCUGACCUUGGUGUCUUCCAGAACCUGCAAGUGAUCCGGGGACGUGUUCUGCAUGAUGGUGCCUACUCGCUGACGCUGCAAGGGCUGGGCAUCAGAUCGCUGGGGCUGCGCUCGCUGCGGGAACUGGGCAGUGGGCUGGCCCUCAUCCACCGCAACACCCACCUCUGCUUUGUACACACGGUGCCCUGGGACCAGCUCUUCCGGAACCCUCACCAGGCCCUGCUCCACAGUGCCAACCGGCCAGAGGAUGAGUGUGUGGGUGAGGGCCUGGCCUGCUACCCGCUGUGCGCCCACGGGCACUGCUGGGGUCCGGGGCCCACCCAGUGCGUCAACUGCAGCCAGUUCCUUCGGGGCCAGGAGUGCGUGGAGGAGUGCCGAGUACUGCAGGGGCUCCCCCGGGAGUAUGUGAAGGACAGGCACUGUCUGCCGUGCCACUCCGAGUGUCAGCCCCAGAAUGGCUCAGUGACGUGCUUAGGAUCGGAGGCUGACCAGUGUAUGGCCUGUGCCCACUACAAGGACUCUCCUUUCUGUGUGGCUCGAUGCCCCAGUGGUGUGAAACCUGACCUCUCCUUCAUGCCCAUCUGGAAGUUCCCAGAUGAGGAGGGCACAUGCCAGCCGUGCCCCAUCAACUGCACCCACUCCUGUGUGGAACUGGAUGACAAAGGCUGCCCCGCAGAGCAGAGAGCCAGCCCCGUGACAUCCAUCAUUGCUGCCGUGGUGGGCACUCUGCUGGUCAUGGUUGUGGGGAUCGUCCUCGGCAUCCUAAUCAGGAGGCGGCGGCAAAAGAUCCGGAAGUACACGAUGCGGAGGCUGCUGCAGGAAACGGAGCUGGUGGAGCCGCUGACACCUAGUGGAGCAAUGCCCAACCAGGCUCAGAUGCGGAUCCUCAAAGAGACAGAGCUGAGGAAGGUGAAGGUGCUUGGAUCCGGAGCCUUUGGCACAGUCUACAAGGGCAUCUGGAUCCCUGAUGGGGAGAAUGUGAAGAUCCCAGUAGCCAUCAAGGUGUUGAGGGAAAACACAUCUCCUAAAGCCAACAAAGAAAUCCUGGAUGAAGCAUAUGUGAUGGCUGGUGUGGGCUCCCCAUAUGUGUCACGCCUCCUGGGCAUCUGCUUGACCUCCACGGUGCAGCUGGUGACACAGCUUAUGCCCUAUGGCUGCCUCCUAGACCACGUCCGAGAACACCGCGGGCGCCUGGGCUCCCAGGACCUGCUGAACUGGUGUGUGCAGAUUGCCAAGGGAAUGAGCUAUUUGGAGGACGUGCGGCUCGUGCACAGGGACCUGGCUGCCCGGAAUGUGCUGGUCAAGAGUCCCAACCACGUCAAGAUCACAGACUUUGGGCUGGCUCGACUACUGGACAUUGAUGAGACAGAGUACCAUGCGGAUGGGGGCAAGGUGCCCAUCAAGUGGAUGGCGCUGGAGUCCAUUCUCCGCCGACGGUUCACCCACCAGAGUGAUGUGUGGAGCUAUGGUGUGACUGUGUGGGAGCUGAUGACUUUUGGGGCCAAGCCUUACGAUGGGAUCCCAGCCCGGGAGAUCCCUGACCUACUGGAGAAGGGGGAACGGCUGCCCCAGCCCCCUAUCUGCACCAUCGACGUCUACAUGAUCAUGGUGAAAUGUUGGAUGAUUGACUCUGAAUGUCGGCCUCGGUUCCGGGAGUUGGUGUCUGAAUUCUCCCGCAUGGCCAGGGACCCCCAACGCUUUGUGGUCAUCCAGAAUGAGGACUUGGGCCCUGCUAGCCCCUUGGACAGCACCUUCUACCGAUCACUGCUGGAAGAUGACGACAUGGGGGACCUGGUGGAUGCUGAGGAGUACCUGGUACCCCAGCAAGGCUUCUUCUGCCCAGACCCUGCCCCGGGUGCUGGGGGCACAGCCCACCGCAGGCAUCGCAGCUCAUCCACCAGGAGUGGCGGUGGUGAUCUGACACUGGGGCUAGAGCCCUCUGAGGAAGAGCCCCCCAAGUCUCCACUGGCACCCUCCGAAGGGGCAGGCUCUGAUGUGUUUGACAGCGACUUGGGUAUGGGGGCAGCCAAGGGACUGCAGAGCCUCUCCCCACAUGACCCCAGCCCUCUACAGCGGUACAGUGAGGACCCCACAGUAUCCCUGCCCUCCGAGACUGAUGGCUAUGUUGCCCCCCUGACCUGCAGCCCCCAGCCAGAAUAUGUGAACCAGCCAGAGGUUCGCCCGAAGCCCCCCUCACCCCUGGAGGGCCCUCUGCCUCCUCCUCGAUCUGCCAGUGCCACUCUGGAAAGGCCCAAGACUCUCUCCCCCAAGACUCUCUCCCCUGGGAAGAACGGGGUUGUCAAAGACGUUUUUGCCUUUGGGGGUGCCGUGGAGAAUCCUGAGUACUUGGCACCCCGCAGCAGGGCUGCCCCUGAGCCCCACCCUCCUCCAGCCUUCAGCCCAGCCUUUGACAACCUCUAUUACUGGGACCAGGACCCACCAGAGCGGGGCUCUCCACCCAGCACCUUUGAAGGGACCCCUACAGCAGAGAACCCUGAGUACCUGGGCCUGGAUGUGCCAGUAUGAGCCAAAAGGCCAAGUCUGCUUAGGCCCUGCUGAACCCUCGGGGAGUGGGGAAGGCCUGACUUCCGGCCUGUGUCGGGAUGAUGUGGGGCAAGGGCCCUUGGACCAUAUCCAAUGGAGCCUGCCAUGCCAGGAACCUUCCUUCCUAUUCUAAUUCCCAGGUGGCUAAGAGGGGCCCAGCCUGGCUGGAAGAGGAGGCAGCAGUGGGAAGGAAGUCUUCAUUAAUUUGGAGUCUUGUCCCAGCAGACUAGGGUCCAAUGGAUGCCACAGCCACAGUCUCUUCACCUGAGGGAGCAGCCCAGCCUGGCUCUCUUCUUCCAGAUCCUGGGCACUGAAGGACUUAAGAGAAGCUGGGCCUAGGAGGGGAAGAGGCCCGAAGGGAGUGUCUAGACCAGAGUAAUCCAUUCACAGACUGUUUCUGAAUCCUAGCUCUGUCCCUAGAAAGAAGGGAACAGCAGUAGUGCCCAGGUCUAGUCCUUGUACAGAGUGCUUUUUUUGUUUUGUUUUUACUUAUGUUUUUUGUGUUUUGUUUUUUUUUAAAAAAAGCUGAAAUAAGGACUCGGGGAGAGUGGGUAUUGU